AGUGUUGACGUGUGAGAUCGUGAGUGAGUCGGAAGGUUAUGCGUGACUCUUCCCUUGGCUUUCUGAGUGUGUGAGGCACCCUUAGGCACUCUGGGGCACCACCUGGCACUCUUGUGAUGUCUUUGACGAGGGCCGAGGUGGUGCAAGGCUCUCCCUACGCCGCCACACCGCCCCCGACCUGAGGUCACUCUCCUUCAAGCUUGGGCUGUUUGUUUGGACGCCCCAGCUGAGCCUCCAACCUCCUUUGCAGCCUCCCAGUCCCAUCACACCCUCACCUUACUACUUACGACACCUGUCUCGCUUCACCUGAUCCCUCACCACCCCCAGGAUUCCAUAAUCCCUCCACUCAUAGGAUCUCUCUUAUCAGACUCCUUCAUAGCUACUUCAUAUCCUCCAGUCCUUUACAAUCCCACCCAGAUCCUUUCCACCUGUCACAUCCCACCGUCAAGCCACCAACGCCUCCACCAUGCCGGCCCCAAUGCCUGUAGGGGGCCUCACCAUGGCAUCCUUCGCCUUCACAGCUGCUGUCAUCGGCAACGCCUACUACCAGAAGCGCCAAUUCUAUCCCUCGGUGGUGUACAUCACGAAGUCAAAUCCCAGCAUGGCGGCUAUAUAUCUGCUUGCCUUCACACUGGUCAUCCUUCUUGGCAAGUUACUCAAGAAGGUGUUCUUUGGCUCCCUAAGGGCAGCUGAAUUUGAGCACCUGGUGGAACGCUCCUUCUAUGCAGUCACAGAGACUUGCCUGGCCUUCACUGUGUUCAGGGAUGAUUUCUCACCCAAGUUUGUGGCACUGUUUACGGUGCUGCUUUUCCUCAAGGCCUUCCACUGGCUGGCUGACUAUCGAGUGGACUUCAUGGAGCGCUCACCUGUCAUCACCCUUCUCUUCCAUACCAGAGUGUCAUCCCUGCUGCUACUGCUGAGCCUGCUGGAUCUUGUGCUGGUAAACCACGCUUAUCACUCCACCAUCACACGUGGUGCCUCUGUCCAGCUGGUAUUUGGCUUUGAGUACGCCAUCUUGCUGACAGUGGCCUUCAACAUUGCUGUGAAGUACAUUUGUCACACAGUGGAUCUGCAGUCACAGAACCCCUGGGAGAAUAAGGCCAUGUAUUUGUUGUACACUGAACUCAUCAUGGGCCUCUUCAAAGUGCUGCUGUACAUUGCGUUUCUGUUGAUCAUGAUCCGUAUCCACACCUUCCCUCUCUUCAUCAUCAGACCCAUGUACCUGACUCUGAGGUCAUUCAAACGAGCCUUCAACGACGUGGUGCUGUCUCGCCGUGCCAUCAGCAACAUGAACACGCUAUACCCUGAUGCCACACCCGAGGAAUUGACAGCUGUGGAUAAUGUGUGCAUCAUCUGCCGGGAGGAGAUGUUGACAGGUGCCAAGAAGCUCCCUUGUGGCCACAUCUUCCAUGCCUCCUGCUUGCGCUCCUGGUUCCAGCGACAGCAGACGUGCCCCACCUGCCGCAUGGACAUCCUGCGCCAGUCACCCCAGACCCCAGCACCCCCACCCCCUCAACCCCAACCACAACCACAACCUCAGGCUCAGCCCCCACCACCACAGCCUCAGCCACAGGGACAACAACAGAUACCAAAUCCCUUUGAAAGGCUGUUUGGUGGCUUCCAUAUGCCCAUGGGGCCCAUGCAGGUUGGAGUUCCUCCAUUCCCCUUCCCUGCAGCACCUGGGCAACAGCCACAACCACAACCAACCACCAGUUCAGCCACAGCUGGCUCUGCCACCACCACUCCUGCAGCAGGUGCUGGUGGUAGUGGCAGCAGCACUAGCAGUAGCAACAGCAACACAACAACUUCCACCACCACCACCACCACCUCCACUACAAGCAGCAGCAGCAGUACCACCAGCAGCAGCAGUAGUAGUUUCACUGCCACCACCACCAAUCAACCAGGGGCCAGCAUACCUGCUCCACCACUUGGCAUGAUGCCACCUUUCUUUCCAUUCAUACCAUUCAAUAUUCCUCCCCCUCGGCCACCUCCCAACUUCUCAGCCAUGACGGAGGAGGAGGUGCGGCGGAUGGAAGGCUCUGAGCGUCAACAUGUGGAGGCACGAGUGAGGGUUUUGCGGAACAUACAGACCCUUCUGGAUGCUGCUGUAGUCCAGAUGAACCAGUAUGCCUCAGUGGUUGCAUCUCUUGACAUGGCCACCAGUGACCCUUCCACCACAAGGACCUCACCCUCGAAUGCAGAGCAGACACAGCCAACCCAGAGUGGGACAGAGGCUGCCCAGACUGCUGCUCCCAUGCCCCCCGGCCACCACAGAACCCACACCAUCAAACCUCAGGGUAAAGAAUCUCUCUCUCUCUCUCUCUCUCUCUCUCUCUCUCUCUCUAUUGGUGUUGGCAGGCAUAAGCACACAGCUCCCCAGGCAGAGGGUAUGGCAGGGAGCAGCAAGACGUCAGAGAAACCUCAAGCUUCGUCUUCACCAACCCAACAGGUGGCAGAGGAGGAUGACCAGCAGGAGGAGAUCAGGAGGAGACGGCUGGAGAGGUUCUCUUAAGGAUGCUUAGUGGCAGUGUAUAUAGCCUAGAUUUCACUCUCCUCAUGUCCCUGCUCUUGUUUGAAGGGAAUAACUUUUUUUUUUUUUUUUUUUUUUUUUUUCAGCAUUGUCAUAGAAAAAUAAUCCUUUAUUAUGAUGAGUUGCUUUAAAGGAUUUGUGCUCAUGUAUUUCACAGUGAAGCAUUUGAGCCAAAGGAGAUCUUUUCCAUGAGUGUUUUGUGCACCCCUGAGGCCUGCAGCAGUGCUCUCAGGGACAGGAUACAUGUUAUCCUCCCCCUUCUCCCCUCCCCUUAAUUAUAUACAUUUUUUUUCCUAAGGUCAUUUUUUGUGGUUUGCUUAUGUUGCAAUGUGAUUAAAGUAUAUAAACCUGG